GUUAAGAUGAACGGCUGAUCAAACUUUUAAUUAGUAGUUGUUUUUUAAAUUUUCAAUACAUUUUCUAUCAAAGAAUAAGUCGGUCUUAUUAAAAGUAUGAAUUACAUUUUUGAGAAGUCACAUUGUAAAAUGAACUUUAGUGAGUGACAGUGUUCACGUGCCUGUUUGGGCUAUCAUACAGGUUUCUUGGGAGCAAUCAAGAGGAUUUAAAUCGUUGAAAACAUUUUGCAAGGUGAAAAACUUUGUAAAUUUAGAAUUGCUUGAUGUGACGGAACUAGGAAUGGAUAAUAAUGUAUUCAAACGGAAAAUACUCAAUGCUCGGAACUGGAUACUAUUAGUCAUCACAUUCCUUGGAAAAAAUGAAGUCUCAUUCGCCAACACUUGUUUAAAACCGCAACUGGAAUUACUAGUGACACCACCAGACGCUGACCUAGGUAAUAACAUACGAAUCUAUUGGAGCUUCAAUAGAACUUAUGAUGGCCUUUGGAUCGGACUCUAUUCGGACGAACCGAAGCAAUCUUCAGAUGAGUUUCUGGUGGCUAAUAAAAUUCAAGUAAAGGAGCUCACCGGUUUCGAGACAACAGGUUUCUUUGAAGUGAGUGAUGUGAAAAAUAUGACCUAUGAUCAGCAAACAUACCUCGGCUACACUGCUGUUGCAUGGACAGUUGUGGAUGGCAAAGACAGAGCAAUUGUGAUCACUAAACUACAAACCUAUCCGCAAUGGAUGAAUCAUUAUUGGGAAUUCAUAAAAAAUGUGCCAAUGACUGAUUUAUUUAUACCGGGAACUCAUGACACGUGCAGUUACAAAGGAGAUCCUCCUCAAGAAUCAGAUGCUUUUGCCAAGAAACAUUGGGCCAUUUUGAAGUCUGUACCACUUUUGGACAACUGGUCCCUUACACAGAAUCGAGAGAUUAAGGGGCAACUAGUCUCUGGAAUACGGUACCUUGAUAUUCGAGUGAAGCGAGAAGAUGACAUGUACUGGUCUUGCCAUAACUCAAUACCGAUGCACCCACUGAAUCAGAUAAUUGAGCAAGUGGUCGAAUUCAUAGUAAAUACUGAAAAAGAAAUUGUCGUUUUCGAUAUUCAUAUGCUUGUAUCUGGAAUAGAUUCAAAUGAAGAGAAGGAUGCGUUUGUUAGCUACUUGAAACAAUCAUUCACUUUUAACAACGAACAACUGUAUGUACCACCGAGCAAAGUGAAUCAGCUCUGGAAAGCAACGCCUGAAUUGAUAUUAGCAGAGGGGAGAGUCAUCAUUUCUUUCAUAGAUCCUGAUUAUCAAAAGAGUAAUAACAUGGAUAUAUUGUGGCCGAUGGUCUUCCAGUAUUGGGGCAAUAAACAAUAUGUCAAUGAUUUGCGUGAUUAUAUUUAUGCCACAAUUCCUACACGGAAAGCAUCUGAAAAUAUGUUGGACACACUGACGUCUGUGAUGGCUGAGCUGACUGCUAAUCUUAAAAGGAUAGCUAAAGAUAGGAAAAACGACUUGAGUGCACAAAGUGAGCAGCAUUCAAUAGAGAUACACAGCUGGUUCAUGGACCCAGCCGUUGCUCUGCAAACGAACGUGUUGGCUGUCGACUUUUUCACAAUCUAUGGAGUGGCUCGUCUGGCUUUCAUCUGGAAUGAACGCAAAUACUACAAAAGCACAUGCGAUUCUCAACAAACCAUCGCUGACGAUUACUAUCAGAAAGUUAUUAUUCCUUAGUGUCGACUAAUGUCAAAGUAUUCUGACAUCUAAUCAUCACAAUGACUACCGUAAUUCAAGUAUUAACUUUUAUUUUAAAGUCCAUAUUAUUUCAUUGGAAUAUUAACGCCAGAAAUCAAGUGUAGAAUAUAAUUCAACAGAUCACAGAAAUAAAUAUGAUGAUGAUAUGUUA